AUGAAUGUAACCAUUAUUAUUUUUUAUCCUUUAAUUUCAGAAUUUAAUCAUUUGGCAUUCAUUUUUUAUUUACAAAAUAAAAAACAGAAUAUUUAUUUUAAAAUAACUAAUUUAAAAAUCCAUAUUUAA